GCAGCAAAAAGAACCGCACUUGCCACCUAGUUUACUUUCUCUCCUCUGUUCCUCGACCAAAGCAAUCCCAUAAUUCAACAAUGAAAUGGCAGAGAUUCUUGUCGAUCCCAGUCUUUAGUGUAUUUCUGUUAAUGGGUUCUAUUUAUUUCGUUACUAUUUUUAUUUUCAUCGAGGAUUGGGUUGGGUUGCAGAGUUCAGUUGGAAUUUUGAAUGCUUUGAUCUUUACUUUGAUGGCUUCUUUAUGCGUUUUCUCUUUCUGUGUUUGUGUUGUCACUGACCCUGGUCACGUUCCUUCCUCUUUUGUCCCUGACGUUGAAGGGAAUGGCAUUUCAGAUCAAGAAUCCAAAAAUAAUAGUUCACUAUUGAGGCAAUGUGACAAGUGUUGCACUUACAAGCCUCCCAGGGCUCACCAUUGCCGGAUCUGCAGAAGGUGUGUUUUGAGGAUGGACCAUCAUUGUCUGUGGAUAAAUAAUUGUGUUGGCUAUUGGAACUAUAAGGCCUUCUUCAUAUUAGUUCUCUAUGCAACUGCAGCAAGCAUCCAUUCUAUGGUCACGAUCAUCAGCUGCGUGCUUCAAAAGAAUUGGGAUUUUGGUCGAAGUAUGCCCCUCAAGAUAUUUUAUGUUCUUUCUGGAGUGAUGAUGAUGGCAUUGGCUGCGACACUUGGAGCUCUCUUGGGUUGGCAUAUUUAUCUUAUGACUAAUAAUAUGACAACUAUAGAGUAUCAUGAAGGAAUUCGUGCAGCAUGGUUGGCUAGGAAAUCUGGGCAGAGUUAUCGGCAUCCAUUUGACAUUAGUGUUUACAAAAAUAUCACCUUGAUAUUAGGUCCAAACAUGUUGAAGUGGUUUUGCCCCACUGCAGUGAGCCAUCUAAAAGAUGGAAUGAACUAUCCUACUUCACAUGACAGUUGAUGCACAUUCCAUUUCUACUCUGCUCUUAGAACUGGAAUCAUUUCAUGCAAUCUGCUUCUCCGCGCAAAGAAUUCACAAUUUUUUAAUUUUAUUCUUCAAAUUUCUCAAGAACUUGCAAGGAGUUGGCAGGCGGCAAUUACAGAGCUUUCUAAAUAAUCUUCGGCAAGUAUGCAGCCUAAAACAUCAAUUGCAAGUUUUUAAUGCACACUGUAAGUAUAGGAUUGGUUUGCUCAGAUAUACCAUUGUCCUUUUAUACCUUGAUGGAAUGUAACUUAAAGGGUGUAGAAACUGUACAGUAGAGAGCUUCUAUGUAAAUCACAUUCUAUGUGCAAGUUUUGAUUCUCAUUGCUCCUUGAUAGCGUUAUGGGCAUCGCCUAUUAUUCAAAGACAAUUUAUUAUGAUUCUGUCCUUUAUUUGGCAAGAAUCUGCAGAGACGAAGACAUAGCUUGAAUAGUUUAUUGAAAAAUGAUUUCUGCUUUGAAUUA